GUUAACGGUUGCCUCUCGUGUUUCUAUAGUUUUUCUGUUCAUCCACGUGUUUCAACUUAUUUCAUUUAUUUCUAAAAAAAACAACUAAAAAAGCAUCACCAUGAAACGAAAAGACGGAGAAGUAGCAGAACCACAGGAAGGCGGCAAGAAGUUGAAAAAAUCCGUGAAUUUCGCACCAAAGGUCCACGUACGAGAAAUCCCCAACAAGAAUGAUAAACCAGAAACCCUCGUCUUGAAGGAAAAAAAGAAGCUGAAGAAAAAGAAGGCAAAAUUCGAAAAGUCCACUUUAGUGAAAAGAUUAGAAAAGCUAACACUAAAGAAAGACAAAGUCGCGACGAAAAAGUCAGAGAAGCCCUCUAUAUUAAAAAAUUCGGACAAAAAGUCCGACAAGCCCUCUCCCUUAAAAAAAACCGACAAAUUCUCAAAAAGUAAACUUCCUCUCCAAAAGGGCAAACCUCAUCUCCAAAGCAAUGAAACUCCUGGCGAGAAAGUCGACUGGAUCGAUUUCAAAAAGAAGAAAAAGGCUCUCAAGGAGCAGCGAAAGGUGAAAAAAUUAACAAACCUCUACGAAAUCACAGUGCAAGCUAAAAAGAUCGCUGAAAAGCUGCGUCUAAUUGAAUGUGCCACCGAGGACCGAUUAAAAUUAUCCACAGAACUGCACGAAUUAUUAAAAGGACACUAUUCUAAAUUUAUCUUCACUCACGACAUGUCUCGAGUAAUCCAGUGGCUAAUUAAAUACUCGAACGCGCAAAUUCGCCAAGCGAUAAAAUCCGAAUUGGAGCCUUUACUGAUGGAAAUGUUCCAGUCGAAAUAUGCGAAAAAUUGUGUCAAGGCCGCUUUUCAAUACGGAUCCGAUCAGCUCAGGAAAGAACUUCUCGCCGCCUGCAGUGGCCAUGUCGUGAAACUUUCGAGUCAUCUUGUCUCGGCCCCAAUUUUUGAAUACGCAAUCACCGAAUUCGCCACGGAUGCGGACAAGAACCGACUGAAGCAGGAAUUCUACGGUGACAUGUACAAGCAAGCCAAGGACGAGAAUGUGAAGUCUCUCGAGGAUGUUUUCAAAAGUGCCGCGGACAUGAAGAAAGCAACUCUAUCAGCUGUGAAAGCUAAUUUAAUCCGAAUUUUCAACAAAAAAUUGGGAAGUUCGCCGAUUGUUCAGACCGUUUUAUGGGAAUAUUUGUCCAGCUGUAGUGCUGCCGACAGAGACGAGAUGCUGCCGAUGCUGAGGACUCUGAUUGUCGAUUUAUCGAAAACUAGAGACGGCACAAUGGCGGGAAUAGUCUCAAUCUGGCACGGCUCGAACAAGGACAGGAAAAUCAUCAUGAAGACUUUGAAGGAACAUACCAAGGAAAUUUGUAUCUCUGAACACGGACAUUUACUAUUUUUCGCCUUAAUUGACUGUGUGGAUGACACAGUUGUUCUGAAGAAAAUAAUCCUCUCCGAAAUUCUGAGCAAUUUGGCGGAAAUUGUUCACAAUGAGUAUGGAAGAAGGGUGAUUUUGUAUCUCGUAGCGCGAAGAGACACGCAUUAUUUUCAUCCGGCAUUGGUGGACUUUUUGAAAAAGGGAGAUGGAAAUGCCUUCAGCAAAAAAUCGGCAGAUGUUCGGGAAAAGGAAGUCUUGGAGAGUGUGAUUGAGAAGCUUCUGGAGAGCGUUGUCUCGGAGACGAGCACCUGGCUAUCAAAUGCCCCGACGCAAAUGGUUACUCUCGCGAUUUUAAAGUCAAAUUAUGAGGGCGAUUUGAAGCCAGCCUUUGAGGCGAUCGCCGAUUUUAUUCUGAAUCCGGAUUCGAAGAUUGUUGAGGAGGAAAAGGAACACAAGCCGAUUGAACACGCGGGUCUUCACCUGAUUCUAAAGAAAUUGAUUCAGCUGAGCCAGGUUUUCUUGGAGAAGAAAAGAACCUCGUUUGGGCAAGUUCUUGCCGAGAGGUUGGACAAGGAAAUUUUGGAAAACUGGAUCCAGGUGAACAGAGGGUGCUUUUUGUUAAUUUUGAUUUUAGAAAAUUCGACUCCGGCUGUUGUUUCGACUUUGUCGGAUAAACUUGAGUCGGUGAAGACAAAACUCAAGUCUCUAGGCAGUCCGGGUUCGAAAAUAUUGAUAAAGAAAAUAAAUCGUUAAGCUGUAAAUAAUGUAGUCAGGGUGUCUACUCAUUUGAAAAUCCUGGAAUUGUCGAGGGAUUUUUAUAUACCUGGAAAAAUCUGGAAAUUUCAGGGUUUUUUUUUUUAGAGAAGUGUUUUAAAAUUGUUAUAUAAGAUUUUAUUUACAAUGUUCUUCCAUUCGUAAAAGUAUCUUCA